GUAGUCAUUACCGCUGACCAAGAAUAUGUAGGUAUUUUUUACUUUCUCGCCAUGUGAGCGUACGGAUUUCUAGGUUUGUACUGCGAUCAUAGGAAUGCAGACACAAUAACUUGUAAGUAUGGCUUUCGCUUGGUUCUUUUGCUCGUAUUUCUAUAUUGUACACAAAGUUGUAAGCUAGCGUAUCGUUUUCUUGUUGCAGCGAAUCUUUCAGACCUUUCAAAUGUUCAGAUGUUUCAGUUGCAUAUAUUAAAUGUGUGUUAACCUGAAUGAAUACGAGUUAUUGGCCUGGCCCAGCGUAGUUGGCCGCUACAUCAUUUGAAGUUAUUGGUUUCAAGUUGAAAACCGUAUGGAAGAGGCGUUCAUGAAAGACACCAAGCUUGUCUGAUCGCAUAUUGGAAAUGCGUGCCAAAAAGAAGAAGAAAUCGGCGAGCAAAAUUACUCCGAAAAGCGUCGAUCGUGGAGGAUCGCACGUGGUGUUAAAUACUGCUGAGUCAGCGAAAUCGUCAAAUGCUCACACGUUUCAAAGCGAUGAGAGUGGUGGAAAUGGGUAUUUAUGGCCAUCAUUAGCUGAAGGGAACGUGGAUAGUGGUUUUGUUGACAAAAAUCCUCAAGCUUCUAGUGGGAUAUCUAGGCCGACUAGGACGAAGGCACUGAACAAGACGUUGAACGAAGAAAUGAACGCCGAGAAAGCCGUCCAUGCGAAAUGUCAGAGAGCUGGACAUAUGGGAGAACUGCGGAAACGGCGAAAUUAUUUGCAAGAAUUGAUAACAAGUCCUGAUGCGUAGGUGAACGAGGUAGAAGACGGCGUCGCCAGGUAUGAAGAAGCGUUUCAUAAUUUUGUUAGCAGUCAUGAUAACUAUCUUCUAUAUGAAGAAGACGAAGAGAGGAGAGUAUUAAUGAUUGACAGUUAUGACAAUCAAAGAGACAUGAAAGUGCAAUUAGAUAUUUUGGUAAAUGAUUGGAGAACCAAAAGGAAAGGGGUGGGGAGUCCCCCAUCUGAAUCUGGACUUAGUGUGAGAUCUGCUAAGAGUGAGAGGAGCUAUGCCAGCAGUAGAAAUAGUGUUAAAGAGAAGAAGAGAGUGAUCGAAGUAGCCAAGUUAGAAAUGGAAGCCCUGAAAAGAAGGCAAGAUCUCCAACGAGAAUUAGAACAAGUCGAAAAAGGGAAAGCAGAGUUGUCUAGGAAGAUGGAGUUAUUAAAUGCCAAAACUAGAGUGAGACGGGCAGAAGUAGACUUACUCAUAGAGCAAAGUGUAGAAGAUGAAGGUGGGGAUGGGAUGAAUGAUUAUCUUAAGGAACAUUAUGCCCAAAAUGCUCUCAGUAAAGAUCACUUGUUGCAACCAGAUGUAAAUAGUGUCACACCCAUCUCAGAAUCGCAGCCUGUCAGUGGUCAAGAAGCGAUCUCAACAUCAUUGACAGCACUUAGUUCUGCUCAGCCUCAACUUCCUUUGUUGUCAGUUCCAAAACCUGCAACAACGCAGCCAGUAGUCACCCUCUCCUCAACGCCUUGUGUAGUCUCAGUAGCUAGUACUAAGACAGGUUCAGAGGAUUUGAUUGCCGCGACAUUGCCCCAUAGUGUUUUUUACAUGACCACAUCUGAAUAUACUGCGAUCUCUGAGCCAUUGUACACUCCUGCUGGUCUGUCACCAAUAAGGAAUCAGUCGACGCCAAGAAUGUAUACACAGCCUCGUAGUCCACAAACUACAGGUCUAAAUGGAAAGGUAACUGAGUUUUGCCCAGCGACCACUCCACAGCAGGCCACAUACCCUCUGGCAGGAUACCCUUGUCCGUUACCUGUAGGGCAUAGUAGUCUCCAAUCGCAGCAGUCCGAUGCUUGGAUAACCAUCGCACAGGCCAUUAAACAAGGCCCAUCCUUACCGAAGGUGGAAUUAAUGAAAUUUAGUGGGGAUCCUUUGGAGUAUGCAGAGUUCGUCACGAACUUUAGAGAUAACAUUGAAAGCCAAGUAUAUGAUGAAUCACAGAGACUUACGCGCCUGCUUGCACAGUCUACAGGAAAGGCUAGGGAGGCGAUUAGAAGCUGUGUGAAUUUACCAGUGGGCUAUAGGUACUCUGAAGCACGGAAAACCCUUCAUGACAAUUUUGGCCAGCCUCACAUGAUUGUGGAAGCCCAUAUGAAGAAAUUGAGAGAAAUAGAAGUGCGAAAGGCUGAUGCAUCAACUCUCAUGGAUUUUGCAAGGCGGUUAGAAGAUGCCAGAAGAGUCUUGACGAAUAUGGGUACUCACUACGCAACACGCUUGGAUAGCGAGGACGUGAUCAUGAUGGUGAUGAGGAAGCUUCCCGAUGAGAGUCUUAAAAGGAAGUGGGCUGACAGAGCCGGAGACCUCAUUAAAAGCAGAGGCCAAGCUGAAUAUGCAGGUUUUGUGCGCUUCAUUAGGAGAGCCGCGGAGCGUAUCAACAACAGAUAUGGACAAGAACUGAAAUUGCCUUCGACUACUUCAAGAGAAAAGAAGGAAUCUGGUCAUGGAAAAUCGGACUGUCCGCCAAGAUUCACGACACUAGCCACUCAAAGUGAUGAGAAUCAGCACAGCUCGGGUGCACCAGCAGGAGUUCCUUUGAAGUGUCCACAGUGUUCAGGGGCCCAUGGAGUUUGGAGGUGUCGAAUAUUUAGAAGCUCUUCAUUAAGAGAUCGUCUUAAGACAGUGAGACAGCACCGACUUUGCAGAAUGUGUCUCUCGGAAGGUCACAGUGCGAGACAGUGUACAAGAGGUUUCACGUGUGGAAAAGCAGGAUGCCAUAGAGAUCAUCACUAUCUGAUCCAUUCUGAGGAAGGGGAUGGCAAAGAGAAUGAGGGUCGAGCUAGCAGUCGUAAUGCAUUGCAAAGUGCCAGGAGCAGUAGUGUAGCAGAAAGGUCUGUCACAGAACCUCCCAGUACCUCAGAGCCAACAGCUGUAAACGUUAAUCCAGUUACCCUGCCAACCGUUCGCGAUAGUGCCACAGCAUCAUCCAGUCGUCCUGUUACAGUUAGUACUGUCAGAGCUGGAAGACCAAGAGUGCGCAUUAAAGUUGUACCGGUGAAGAUUAGUAGUCAUGGCAGUACUAAAGAGAUACUCACUUACGCAUUUUUGGACAGUGGUCCGAUGCAACGUUCAGUCUUGAGAGUCUGUUACAAGAGUUAGAUUUAAAGGACAUGAAGCC